AUAAUACAUGGAGGGUGACGGGGUCAGAGGUGGUGGCUCUGAUCAGCUCAGGUAUGCGGGAGGCGGGGCCUGUUAUGUCAGAAUGGGUGGAGUCUGGUUGGUUUCUCUUUGGAAAAUGUGAUGCUCCCAUCAGACAGUCACAUGGCCUCAUUUUGUGUAAAUGCAAACGAACGGGUGGAUCUGGUCUGGUCUGUGGCAGUCAACUCUAGACUGGGACUGCCUCAUCCUCAUCUUCAUAUCUGUCAGUUUCCUGUCUGAUUUAAUGCUCUCAUUAGCUGAGAUAUGACAGACGUGAUGAAUCUGAAUGAGUCUGCAGUGAGUGGAGCUUCAGCUGAUGACGUGGUAGUGUUUCAGGAACGUCUUUGGAGGACUGUCCCUUUGAUCGUGGUUGAGCCGACGGAUGGAGCUGAGGUGGAGAGUGGAGAGCUGCGAUGGCCUCCUGAUGAUGUCACAACAGGUGUACCUGUGGAGGAGGCGGAGCCAGAGCAGCUGACAGUGGGCGGACUUUGAAUCCUGAAAAAACUGCCUGUUGUUACUUCUCAGCCAAUCACUGAGAGGCUCUGUGAGACUAAAGGAACCAGUGGGAGGGGUGGGGCUAAUUACAUGUAGUGCCUCCUCCAGGUGAAGGGGCAGGGCCACUCUGGAGAAGAUCAAACAGGUCGUCAGAGCCCAAAGGAUUAUGGGAAAGUCAGCUGAUAUGACCAGCUUGUAGACUCAUGUACCUGGUGUAUAAUUAUCAGUCUACCUGAUCGAUAUAAACAGAUGACUGGUUUGAUAAGUGAUGAUGAGGUAUAUUUUACCUUCAGCUGGUGGAUUUUGUACAUAUUUUCAGGUUGUAACUGAGAAAUUCACAGUAUCUGACUCUGGAUUAAAGGUGGAAGCUUUUGCAUAUUCUUUUCAGUCUGUGUUUGUUGUCUGUUCAUUUCUUUGACUCUGACUGGGUUUGUGUAACUGGUUCAACUGGUUCUGACGUCACUCUGAUUUGUUUAUGACUGUGGUUUUCUGAGGCUGUAGUUUGUUGUCUAAUGAGUCAUCUCAGACAGGACCGAUGGAGCUAAAUGAGCAGCUUCUACCUCUAAUCAUGAAGGACUGAAAUGUCUGGAAGUCGACCUGAAGUGAAUUCAACAGCAUGUUGUUGUGUUAGUGUGAAGGUUGAACUCUGCCAUGGAUCGGUCUAAAGACACAGAGGAGGAAUCCCCUCCCUCUAAAAGCUCUCCGGAUGAGGAAGAUGAGAGCCAGACUGAAGCUCAAAGGAUCCAUCAGCAGAGGUCAGACUCUCCUGAACCCAGAUGUGAGACCAUGAAGAAUCAAUGGUGUGAGAAUGAUCCUCAAGAACCUCAACAACAAGUUCAUGAGCAGAUCUCAGAGGUUCCCAGUGGUCAGUCUCAACAGCAGCCUCAAACACAACCAGACUCCACAUCUAUGAGACAACAGAAGCCGAUACCCAAAAAGAUCCUGUUGGACACUUUGGAUGAUUUAGAACCUGAGGACUUCAUAAGGUUCAAAUGGUUCCUGCAGCACAAGGACCUCCUGGGGGGCUUCAAAUCUAUCCCAAAACAACAACUGAAUGAUGCAGACAGAACAAAUACACUGGAUCAGAUGUUGAAAACCUAUGGCAUAUACACUGUUAAAGUCACCACACUGGUUUUGGUAAAGAUAAACAGGAAGGAUCUUGUGGAGGAAUUAUCACAAACCUCCUAUGAGCCUGAAGAGAUUCUUACUCAGUGUCGGAGUGAACUCAAACGUGAAAUGAUAAAGAAGUAUCAGUGUGUGUUUGAGGGCAUUACUAAAGCAGGAAACCCAACCCUUCUGAACCAGAUCUACACAGAACUCUACAUCACCGAGGGAGGGGCUGCAGAGGUCAACGAUGAACAUGAGGUCAGACAGAUCGAAACAGCAUCCAGGAAACCAGACAGACCAGAAACAACCAUCAAAUGUAAAGACGUCUUUAAAGGAUCACCUGACAGAGACGAACCAAUCAGAACAGUUCUGACAAAGGGAGUGGCUGGCAUUGGGAAAACAGUCUUAACACAGAAGUUCAGUCUGGACUGGGCUGAAGACAAAGCCAACCUGGACAUACACUUUACAUUUCCAUUCACUUUCAGAGAGCUGAAUGUGCUGAGAGAGAAGAAGUUCAGCUUGGUGGAACUGCUUCAUCACUUUUUUAAUGAAAUUGAAGAAAUGGGAAUCUCAGACUUUGAAGACUUCCAGGUUGUGUUCAUCUUUGAUGGUUUGGAUGAGUGUCGACCUCCUCUGGAUUUCAACAACGCUCAGAUCCUGACUGAUGUUACAGAGUCCACCUCAGUGGAUGUUCUGCUGAUGAACCUUAUCAGGGGGAAACUGCUUCCCUCUGCUCGCAUCUGGAUAACCACACGACCUGCAGCAGCCAAUCAGAUCCCUAGUGAGUGUGUUGACAUGGUGACAGAAAUCAGAGGGUUCACCGACCCACAGAAGCAGGAGUACUUCAGGAAAAGAUUCAGAGAUGAGGAGCAGGCCAACACAGUCAUCUCUCACAUCAAGACAUCACGAAGCCUCUACAUCAUGUGUCACAUCCCGGUCUUCUGCUGGAUCACUGCAAAAGUUCUGGAGGAUGUGUUGAAGACCACAGAGCGGGGAGAGCUGCCCAAGACCCUGACUGAGAUGUACAUCCACUUCCUGGUGGUUCAGACCAAAGUGAAGAACAUCAAAUAUAAUGGAAGAUCCGAAAUUGACUGGAGUCAUGAGACUGUGGAGAUGAUUGAGUUUCUUGGAAAACUGGCUUUUGAGCAGCUGCAGAAAGGAAACCUCAUUUUCUAUGAAUCAGAUCUGAGAGAGUGUGGCAUCGAUAUCAGAUCAGCCUCAGUGUACUCAGGAGUGUUCACAGAGAUCUUUAAGGAAGAGAGGGGGCUUUAUAACAACAAGGUGUUCUGCUUCAUUCAUUUCAGCGUUCAGGAGUUUAUGGCAGCUCUCCAUGUCCAUCUGACCUUCUUCAAGACUGGAGUCAGUCUUCUGGCAGAAAAAUCAUGGUGGUCCUGGUUGUCUAAACUCUUCAGAGGUAAACCAAAUCAAACACAGUUCUACCAGACUGCUGUGGACAAGACCUUACAGAGUACAAAUGGACACCUGGACUUGUUCCUGCGAUUCCUCCUGGGUCUUUCACUUCAGACCAAUCAGAGCCUCCUUCGAGGUUUGUCGACACAGAUGGGAAGUAGCUCAGAGACCAAUCAGGAAACAGCUGAUUACAUCAAGAAGAAAAUCAGUGAGAAUCUGUCUUCAGAGAGAAGCAUCAAUCUGUUCCACUGUCUGAAUGAAAUCAAUGAUAAUUCUUUGGUGGAUCAGAUUCAAUGGUACCUGAGUUCAGGAACUUUCUCCACUGAUGAACUGUCACCUGCUCAGUGGUCAGCUGUGGUCUUCAUCUUACUGUCAUCAGAUAAGGAUCUGGAAGUGUUUGAUCUGAAGAAAUACUCUGCUUCAGAGACGGCACUUCUGGGGCUGCUACCAGUGGUGAAAGCCUCCAACAAGGCUUUGUUCAAUGGCUGUAACCUCUCAAACAGAAGCUAUGAAGCUCUGUCCUCAGUUCUCAGCUCCCAGUCGUCUCAUCUGAGAAAAUUGGACCUGAGUAACAGUGACCUGAAGGAUUCAGGAGUGGAGCUUCUUUGUGAUGGACUGAAGAGUCCAAAUUGUGCAAUAGAAACUCUCAGGCUGAGUGGAUGUAACCUGUCAGAGAGAGGCUGUGAAGCUCUGUCCUCAGUCCUCACCUCCCAGUCCUCUAGACUGAGGAAACUGGAUGUGAGUAACAACAGUCUGCAGAAUUCAGGACUGGGGAUACUUUCUACUGGGCUGAAGAGUCCACAUUGCACACUGGAGACUCUCAGGUUGAGUGGCUGUAACCUCUCAGAGAGAAGCUGUGAUGCUCUGUCCUCAGUUCUCAGCUCUCAGGCCUGUAGUCUGAGAGAACUUGAUCUGAGUGAAAGCAGCCUUCCAGAUUCAGGACAGGAACUUCUGUUUAGUGGAUUAAAGAGUACAAACUGUACACUGGUGACUCUCAGCCUGAGUGGAUGUGACCUGCCAAAGAGAAGUUAUGAAGCUCUGUCCUCAGUUCUUAGCUGCCAAUCUUCUAGUCUGAGACAUUUGGACCUGAGUAAUACUGAUCUGCAGGAUUCAGGACUGGAGUGUCUGUUUGCAGGGCUGGAGAGUCCACACUGUACACUGGAGACUCUCAGGUUGGUGGAUGAGUUUGACCUGAAGAAAUACUGUGCUUCAGAGAAGGCUCUUCUGACUCUUCUGCCAGUGGUGAAAGCCUCCAAUAAAGCUCUGCUUUGUGGAUGUAAUCUGUCAGAGAGAAGCUGUGAAGCUCUGUCCUCAGUCCUCAGCUCCCAGUUCUCUAGUCUCAGAGAGCUGGACCUCAGUGAGAAUGAGUUUAAGGAUUUAGGAGUGAAGAAGCUUUCCACUGGACUGAAGAGUCCAAACUGUGCACUGGAGAUACUCAGACUGUCAGGAUGUCUGAUUACAGAAGAAGGCUGUACUUCUCUAGCCUCAGCGCUGAAGUCCAAUCCCACUCAUCUGAGAGAACUAGAUCUAAGUUAUAACCAUCCAGGAAAACAAGGAGUGAAGCUUCUGUCUGUUCAACUGGAGGAUCCACAGUGGAGACUGGACAAUCUCAGGCUGGACCAUGGUGGACCACAGAGGUUAAAACCUGGUCUGAGGAAGUAUUAUUGUGAACUCACACUGGAUCCAAACACUGCACAUAGAAACCUGAUACUGUCUGAUGACAAAAGGAAUGCGGAGUGUGUGGCAAAGAAGCAGCCAUACCCUGCUCAUCCAGACAGAUUUGAGUACAGACUUCAGCUGCUGUGUUCCACUGGUCUGACUGGUCAGUGUUACUGGGAGGUGGAGUGGGUUGGACGGGUUUUUGUAGCUGUAACUUACAGAGGAAUUGGCAGGAAACAAAAUAGUGCAGACUGCGGAUUUGGAUACAACAAUCAGUCCUGGAGGCUGAAGUGCUCUGAUGUUUAUGGUUACUCUGUCUGUCACAAUAACAUGGAAACACCCCUCCUACAGUCCUUCUCCUCCUGUGAUAAAGUGGCAGUGUAUGUGGACUGGCCUGCUGGAUCUCUGUCCUUCUACAGAGUCUCCUCUGAUGAUCUGAUCCACCUCCACACCUUCAACACCACAUUCACUGAGCCUCUGUAUGCUGGGCUUGGGUUUGGGUUGUCUGGUGCAAUACAUCUGUUUGACAUAAAUGAAAAACCACGUAAAAGGCAGCGUAGACAAAUGAAAAAAUGUGAUGACAAUGAACGAUAGUUUAAUGACAAACAUGAUGGAAGACACGUGACAGGAUGAUGAUGUAACAACAUGAACAUAAAUCAGAUGAAACUAGAUGAACCAGACCAGAUCAGAGAAAAGCUGUGAUAAUGAUUCAGUUCAGUGCUCACAUCAAAAACUGAUUUACACAUUAGAGUGAAGUUAAUGUUUUUCAUUAUUUUCAGUCAGUUUGAUAUGAUGUUUGAUAGUCUUCACAUUCAAUUAAUAUUACCUGAGGUUCAGUUCAGUAUAAAUGUCCUUCAAAUUGCUGAACAGAACAGGUUAAAAAAAAAGUCUUCAAAGGCUGACUGAAGAAUUUUAUUCUCAGAGGACAUUUCAGAGCCUGGACAUUGUCUUGAAUCAGUGCUUCUACUCUUGCACUUCUAUGUGGACUUCUACAGGAAGAAACUAUAUGUGAAUUUUUACAUGUCUGAUUUCCAAGGCUCUAGAACACUAUGCCCCAACAUAUCACAUGUUCACAGUCCAUUGAUCACUUUAAAUCUCUUUUAAAGACGCACCUACUGGCAAUAGCUUUUAAUAGGUGACUUUUGUUUAGAUACUAUUUAUCCUAUUAUUGCAUAUCUGUUUUAUUAGUUUUAGUUUAUCUUGUAUAUCUAUGUAUUUUUACUAGUUUUAUCACAUCCUGUAUUUUUAUCUAUAUCUUUGUACAGCACUUUGGAUCCUUUGUGUUGUAAAUGUGCUACAUAAAUAAACUCGACCCUGACCUUCUUUAAUCUGUAAAUCAACAACAGCAGCAGAUGCAUGGAAGUCAGUUUAUUACAAAUGACACAAAGAAAUCCUGUAAUGAACAUGAGUCCAAAUAUCUGCAAAUCAAAUAUCAGUAAAUGAAUAAACUGAGGAGGGUUUACAGCUGCAGAGUCCUGUCAGUUGAUUGGUUGCAGGAGGUCACAUGUUCAGAUGUAUUAAAAAGGUGAAACAUACAUGUUUUACAGCUUCUCUGCUUUGACAUGCACUGCAUGAAAGGAAACUCAGUACAUUCUGACAGCUGCAGAAAAACACCCAGUAAGAAAUAGGUCUGAAUGACAGAUGUGACUUCGCCUCUGAUUCACCUGUAGUCACACAGAAAACAUGCACCUUUGAAAAUAAGAGCCUCAAACUGUCACAUGAUUCAGACUUACAUGGACGUAAAUCUGUUCCAGUUUACAUAAGGGCUGUAAGGUGAAUUAAACCCCGCUCUUUGUCUGACAGGCAUUACUCUCCAUAAUAAAAUAAAUACUUGAUGUUUUACACUGAAAUGACAAAUUAAAGCAGUGUUAUAUAGAAGAGGUUUCUACAGGAGAUUUAAAGGUUUAAAACUAUUAAUCAGAUUAUUAUGCAACUUGAUUAUUUAAUAUAGAAACAGCUGCUCUGACUGAUGUGUAAUAUUUCAGACAAACAAUGGUGGAGGGAGGAUUGGGCGAUGCUUUAGAUACAAGUGACAGAAUUCUAAACUGAAUGUUUAAUGGAUAAUUUGAAUCUGCUGAAAAUACAGACCCAUAUUCUUUCAGAAACUCAGUAGUAAAACUAAACUCCACAAUAUUAAUAUCAUCUGUGGAUGAGAAACACUGAGAAUAAGGCUGUUUUUGCUCAAAUGUAACUCAGAUCUGUUUUUAAUGAAGUAACUGUAUUUCCCGAAAAUGUCCAGACAAUAUGAAGCACACUUGAAAAGUUGCAAAAAUGAACACACCAAUCAUGUGCAUUUCUAUAAAAUGACACAAUAAUCUAGGCUGCACUGUGUCCAAUAGGUGGCACUGUAGGCUACAUUAGACAUAGACCUAAUAAACAGUAGAAGAGGCAGAGAUGGUGUUUCCUUUUUUCACACAUAAGACAGAGGAAUAAUAUGGUCUUGGAAUUUGGAAAAUCUGGGAAGAUGCAGCAAACAGCUGAUCAGUCAGCUGCAAUUAAAUGUUUGCUACAUCACAAUUUAUUUCGGUGUUUCCAUUUCUUCUACGUGCAUUUACUCUUUGCAAAUAAAAGCGAGUUUCUGCAGAUCUACUUUUGUAUGUGGUACAUUAAUGUGAAGCCUCAUGCAGGUAUUUUACUUUAACAAAAAUGAAUUCAUUUCAAAGGUGAAAUGAAUUAAACAUAGACACAAUUCCACACAGCAAGAAUCUCAGAGUGGAAAGUGGAAUAUUCAGUGUUAAAAUUGGAAGCCUAUUGUCUAUCCUCCAAACGAGUAUUAGAAUAGUUGAACAUUUGGUCCAAUUUGGAUAAGACCCUUGUAUCUUUGCAAAUGUUGAGGUGGUGGGGUGGGGAGACCUACAACAUUCAUUGUGACCUUGUAGACAUCUUCAGACCUGGCCUCAUUUUGGAAGGUGAGCGAACCUUAAUAUUACUUCAUGCUUUCAUGGUGCAUUGGUUGAAAAUGGCAAAAACAAGACAUAUGUUGCAUAUUCAAACCAAAAUGGUGUACUUCCUGUUGGGUUUAGGGUUUAGCUCCAAAAAAGCGUCUAGACCUGUUAAACAAGUAGACGAAAUUUGGUACGUCUAAGUCUACACAUUUCUACAGGGCUCUGCUGAUCCAUUUUACCACAUCCAAGUUUUACCACUUUGGAUCUUUCAUGAGUUUUAAUUAUCCUCACAGACACAGAGGGCAUUUGGAUUUGGGCUCUAUGUGAUAAGUAGAUACAGUCAAAAAAAAAACAAAAAAAACCAAAAAAAACAAGAAAUGACAUCAGUAAUGAAACAAAAAUAAUGAGGUCUUAACAACAAAUAAGGCUGAGAUUGGAAAAAAUGAACUUUUACCUCCAUUAAGUCCAAUUCUCCAACUUGAAGA